AUGGGUAGCUACCAGCAAUUGCUGCAUCGGCAGCUACGUGGGAUAGCCACGCGGGCUUCCCUGGGUUCAAGGCGGCCUUUGACCAGAUCACUCCCAUUCGCGCGGACGCCAAAUUAUAGACUACGACCGUCUCCGCGACCUUUGACUUUUGGAUGCCCGAGAUAUUUUUCAUCCACACCAUGCGCCUUGUCUCCUGACGUCUUCCACGCCCAGCGGGAGGACCCUGCCUCGGCAGCGAUCCUCUCCGCAAUCGAGUCAUCCAAGGCUGUUCCCCAGACCCUUACGGAAAAGAUCGUCCAGCGGUACUCCGUUGGCCUUCCCCAGGACAAAUAUGUCAGAUCCGGCGACUACGUGACUAUUUCUCCCCACCGCGUCAUGACUCACGAUAACAGUUGGCCGGUCGCAUUGAAAUUUAUGUCGAUUGGCGCCUCGAAGCUGAAUGACCCGAAUCAGAUAGUAAUGACUCUCGAUCACGAUGUGCAGAACAAGUCGGAGAAGAACUUGAAGAAAUACGAGCAGAUUGAAACUUUUGCCAAAACCCAUGGAGUUGACUUCUACCCUGCUGACGAUGUCCUCAACCACGCCAUCGAAUUCACCGGACCUGAGGAGACCAUGAGAAGUUUGCAAAUCGAUGAUCGCUUGACAAUCGCCAACAUGACAACUGAAUGGGGUGCCUUGAGCGGCUUGUUCCCUGUUGAUUCUAUGUUGAAGGGAUGGUUGAGAUCAAAAGCAACCACGGCAGCUAUGUGGGGCUCGACAGUCCCUGAACUUGAAAGUUCUGCUGCCGAGCGGUUUAACCAUGAGGCGCUAGACCAACUCUUUGAAGAACCGCUUGUUGCUGACAAGGGGGCAAAGUAUGCUAAAGAAUUGUUCCUUGACCUUUCUACGCUGUCACCAUACGUUGCGGGCCCCAAUUCUGUCAAGGUUGCCACGCCUCUGAACGAACUGGAAUCCCAGAACAUCAAAGUCGACAAAGCCUACUUGGUCUCAUGCACGAACUCGAGAGCUUCCGAUAUCGCGGCAGCUGCGAAGGUGUUCAAAGAUGCAGCUGAAAAGAACGGUGGUACAAUUCCGAAAAUCGCAGACGGCGUCAAAUUUUACAUCGCAGCGGCAUCCAUUCCUGAGCAGCGAGCCGCUGAAGAAGCAGGCGACUGGCAAGCUCUGCUGGAAUCCGGUGCUGAACCUCUUCCAGCUGGCUGUGGUCCGUGCAUUGGACUUGGGACCGGCUUGCUGGAGCCUGGUGAAGUCGGAAUCAGCGCAACCAACCGGAACUUUAAGGGGCGCAUGGGCAGCACAGACGCAAAAGCCUACCUUGCCAGCCCUGAAGUAGUUGCAGCCAGUGCUCUUUCGGGAAAACUCAGUGGUCCUGGAUGGUACGAAAAGCCUGAGGAAUGGAGCGGAGUUGUUCGAGGCGAAGGCGAUGGCAUUGAAAUGAUCACUGCUGAACAAGCGUUGGAAAAGGUGAUUGGUCAACUUGAUAGUAUGGUCGACGAUGCGGAGAAAUUGUUUGCGAGCGAAGAAACCAGCUCUGAAGGAGCGCUUACCGAGGUCUAUCCUGGGUUCCCUGAGCGAGUGUCUGGAGAAAUUGUCUUUUGUGACGCUGACAAUAUCAACACGGACGGCAUUUACCCUGGAAAGUACACUUACCAAGACAACAUCCCCUACAAACAAAUGGGCGAAUACUGUAUGGAAAACUAUGAUCCGCAAUUCUCCAAAGCUGCCAAGGCGGGAGAUAUCCUCGUGACCGGGUACAACUUUGGCUGUGGAAGUUCCCGAGAGCAAGCCGCCACGGCCAUUUUGGCCAAGGAGAUCCCGCUCGUGGUCUCCGGCAGCUUUGGCAAUAUCUUCUCCAGGAACAGUAUCAACAACGCAUUAAUGGGCCUCGAAGUUCCACGUCUGGUCACCCGCUUGCGCGAGACGUUCGGCAGCGAUGGGGCUGAAUCGAAACAGCUCACUCGCCGCACAGGCUGGACGCUGACUUGGGAUGUGCGUCGCAGCCAGAUUGAGGUCCAGGAAGGUCCCGAUGGUCCUACAUGGACGCAGAAAGUUGGAGAGCUGCCGCCGAAUGUGCAGGAGAUUAUUGCCUUGGGAGGACUGGAGAAGGUAUGCGAUGUCACGAAUGUUGGUUCAAUUUUCGUCUACCGCUAA